UUGUUUGGCUAAUGUUUGUGGUCAUUGCAGGAUUAUUAGGUUAAUUAAGGAUAAAUAAAACUUGCUUCCUGCAUUGAAAUGUUGCGGCAGGAGAACUUGGCGGCUAACUUCUGUGGGCUGCUGGCCAGCCAGGGUCAUAAGGAAAAAGCCAAUGAAUGGCGCAUUGUAGGCCAGGAGAGGGACGGCUCGCUGCUAACAUCCUGGAUAUUCGAAAACUUGGAGCAGAGCACUCAUGAGACUUGCAUAGGCCGCUUCGAUGUCACAGAGAAGUUGUUGCGUGUGCUGUGGCGACUGCCGGGCUGCGUGGAAGUCAUUCAGGCUAGUGUCAAUAAAAGUGUCACGCUGAUGUCCUAUGUGUUGAAGAAGCGCGAGCAGGUGGAGGACGAGGCGGAGGGUAAACAGUUGUCGGCCGCAGCCAGAGCCGCACAAAUCUAUCAGGCAUUUGUGGUGGAAGUCCGGAGCAGCGAUGGUGGCACACCCAGAGCUUUGGGCGAAGGGACGCGUCGACAGGUGAUGACGCAGUUCCUGUGGCACCAACAGGAUACAACGCGGCACUACUGGCAGGAUAAACUACUGGUCCUAACGCAUGAGGAUUCCAUCAAAAUCUACAAAUGUGUGGUAGCGGAAAGCUCCUAUUUGGACGUAAACAGCUGCGCGGACUCUGCCUGGAAACUGGACACUAGUCUGCUUACAUACGAAACGCUGGCCAAGCGAUUUAGCUGGGCACAGUGGGAUGCGGAAUGCCAAGCGCUUUAUUACAUACAUCUUAAGCCGAAGGCGAAAAGCCUCAGUUUACUGGACGAGCGUGAGGAGCAGGAGGAGCAGGCAGAGCAGGUUUUAAGUCCCACACUGUCGGCGUUUCAGUUCAACGAAAAGGAGCCCACGGAGACGGUGCUAAACAUACCGCUGAACUUGCCGCAGCUGCCCUGCGGAGCCACAGAUGACGACCCCACCUAUGAUGACGAUGCGGUGCCGCUGCGCGUUCACGAUAGCUCGCUGAACCUCAUCAUUCUGACCGAUGAGUCGGGCAUGUUCUUUGUGUGUCACUACUAUUUGUAUCAGCCCAUACAGCCGAAGAAUGUGGACGAGCUGGGCGGGUCCAGUGGCUUUGGCGGCAGGCAGCAGGUGGAUGUCCAUUUCGCCUAUUCAGUUACGUUGCUGCACCACGGCUGUGUGGUGCACUGUGUGAUGCCAGGCGUGCCGUGGGAAAAGGCGCGUCUGCUGAAGCCUACUUUUGCUCUGCAUGGAGCGCACCAUUUGCUGGUCUUCCAGCCCGACUUGUUUGUGCAUUUGUUGGACGUGGGACUGACGCAUGAGCCGAACUGCCACAUUGUCUGCCCGGCCCAUAAUCGUAAUCCGCUUAAGCAGCUGGUGCCCUUGCACAAAUGGGGCGGCUUGGCCUACGAUGUGGCCAGCUUGGAUGUGGUUUCAUUGUCUGUGCCGCGUGGCCAUCUCAUCGAUGCGUUUCGCACAGACAGCUCGCUGGAUAAUCGCAUCAGCAUCAUACACUACUUUCUGGUGCACUCAAACGAUCUGGAUGUGUUGGCCGGGCUGUUGAGCAAUAUUUUGGAGCGCGCUCUUUCGCUGGAUACGGUGGCUUUGCUGAAGGAGGCGCUGGUGGCCGGCAGCUAUGCUGCUGCCUUGCGUGGUUUGCCCAAAGAUGCCAAGCCUCUGACGCGUCUGCUGCCACUUACCACGGCGGUAUCCACGCGCUCGAUGCAGGCGCGCGUCGCGGACAUCAACGUGGGACUUUCGCAUGAGUCUCUGCACAACACCAGCAUGAUGCUGCUAUCGCCCCAGCAACGGCUGUCAUCCUUCCGCCAGGAUAUUUGGACGCGACUGUGGGAGCUGCUCAAUGAGUCGGCAAAGAAGGAACAGCCGCGUUUCACAGCCGAACAGGUUACUGAGAAAUUAAUGUUCUCACUGGCCUGCUAUCAGCCGGAGGCUUUGUCGCGCUGCUCCACACCGCUCUCACCAGAUGCUUGCGGCGGAUUUGGCGACUACGGCAACGCCGUUCCCUUCUCCAACGAAGUGCUGCCCUUCAUUGAGCAGGAAACCUGCACGGCAUCCAAGCAGGAGCACGUCAUAUCAGUGUAUCUGCGGGAGCUGAGCGUCCAUCUGGUCAAGCACUCGUCCAAGCCCAACACCGGCUUUCGUUGGCUCAAGGAAACGUUCUUCGAGCGCUCCCAAGCCCCGCAUGUGCACGCCGUGGCUUCGAAGUAUGUUACCUCCCAGCUGGAACUUUCACGCGCUCUCUGCUCGUUGGUCUGUCGCGCCUCGGGUGUAGAUGCCCGCAUGGAGACUUUGCGGGGUUUUCAGUUAAUCGAUAAGAUGUCCAAUAGCCAGCAGUAUUCGCUGUUCCUCGUGCUGGAACGUUAUUGUUUGGCCGUCGAGUCUAUUGCUUUUCCGUUACCCGAAGGCUUUUCUUCGUUCUUCACCUACUUGGGUUAUCGCGCGUUGGAGUUCCACAUGUUCCUGCAGUAUGUGGAGAAUCAUGUUUUCGAAUUACAGGUCGAUGUCAUGAAGAGCAUUAUCUAUGAUAUUGACGAUUCGACGACGGGAAUUGAUCGCAAGUUGUCCCUAAUUUCCUGCCUUCCCAAACAACGUGCUCAGCGUUUGCUCAAGUGCUGGAAUCAUCCAGAGAGUCUCAUGAUUCGUGGACGCGAACACGCAGCCAAUAUCUUAUCGGGCCAACAGGAACAGCAACAGCGCAAUAUCACUCAAAACUUUGCGCAAUCGCGCAUGAACGCCACAAGUGAUAUGGCGGCAGAAACUUUAACUCCAUUGGACUCGUUUCUCGACUUGUUAACAGCAAAGGCCAGCCUAGCCGAAUUGGAUUAUAAUUUGUUGAUUGAGACAACGCUGAGCUCCAUGGAUCAGCUGGAACUGAAAGUGGCCCGAAAAAAGGCUCAAGAGGCGGAGAAACAAACAGCUUCCAUUUAAAAUCUGGUAUACUUGUAACUGUAUUUAUAUAGUGUGUAACGAUUUAGUAUUAUAAGUCAGCGAAAGUCUAGAGUUCUUUUACUACUUAUAAAGAAACAUUGAGAAACAUACCGAUUGAUAUUAAGUAACUCUCUUAUAACAUUUAAAGCUAUAAAUCUGUAUCUUAAUGUUCCACUCUUUAAGUGUUAAGUAACGUUUUGUAUUUUGUAUUUAGUAUUUUGAAUAGGCUUUCAAACUUAUCGUGGAGGCUCAACAACAGGAAACAUUUCUAGUAAUUUAUGUAAGAGUCUUAGGUAUUUUGUGAGCAUAAAGUAUUACUCAUGCCAGUUAUAUAUUAAGAGAACUUAUAAUUAACUUACAUAUAAUCGACUUCAACCAAAGUACAUAUUUUGUUUCGAAAAUAUGAAUCUAGCAUUCCUAUUAUAUAUAGUAAAGCUUAUAAAAGUUUAUGGUGUUAUUUAUUGUAAUCUUUUUAAUAUUUUCUGUAUUAUAAUGAUUAUAUUAUGUAUUAUAUGCUCCGUUU